GCUUUCUACUUUGCACGGGAAUAGGAAAUCCGCUAACUUCUAGUCUAUCCCUGCAUCACAAAAUUCCCAGCUCGUACUGUCGUAGAUCGUGUCGAGACGUCUCACGGACUCAAUGGAAUUCCUAUCUUUCGAACUAACACCUCCUCCGCAUCCCACUCAUAGGCAGUAGAAUUCUACCAGCUCCAGCUUCAUAGCGCCUUCGCACCAGCUCUCCCUACCAUACACUAUCGCGCCGGUUCAUAGCACUAUCACAGCACCCUUGCGGCGACGACGCGGAGUCGCCUUUUCUACUUAUACUGCCGUUCAUAGUCCUGGCUUGACGGUAGCAGUUUUCUCCCGUUCUAGCUUUUCAUGGAUGGCCUCACCGCGCGCCCUGUCAGCUGUCUAGACCCCACGAUCAUAGGAACUGAUAGUAGCAGCAGCAAGGCAGCAGUUGGCGUCGUCAUGCUGCCGGCAGCGCGAUGCGGGCAGCAGAGCGGCGCCGGGUGCAUCAACCCCGACGCCAUCCUCAACCUGCCGCCUCCGCCGCCGCCGUUCUCGCUUUACUCCCACCCCACUUUAGCCGAACAGGAAAGUCAGCAGCAGCCGACACGGCAGCAGCAGCAGCAGCCAUAUCAGGAGGUCAAGGUCGACAUUAAGAACGUAGUACAGGCGACGGCUGUUGGGGACGGACAGGCGCAGGUUGCCGGGCCAUCGUGGCAGCAGCAGCAGCAGCAGCACCCGGCACCGAUGGGUGGUCCGAUGGGUCCGAUGGGUGCGACCCAUCUCGAUGCCGCGUCGUUCUCCCAGCCCCAUCAUCAUCAUCAGCAGCAGCAGCAGCAGCAGCAGCUCAGCACUGCUGGCAGCUGUCGCGGCAGCACAGUGCACGACCCGGCCGGUUCGCACGGCCCGUCCCGGCUCCGAGUGAACCAUCAUGCCUUCGAGGCAUCAUCGCACGCACAACUCUCGCAACACGCACCACCGCCACCGACCGUCGCGACGACGCAGCAGCCGCCCCUGGCAGGAGUGGUAGUGGCCGCCGCGCAGCCGCCGUCGCACGCGCUAGUACCACCGCCAGCGGCGCACUCGCAGAUAGCAGGUGUAGUACCGGCGGUUGCGGCGAGAGUGGCGGUGGGAGCGGCGGCGGAGGAGCAGGUGGCGCUGAUGUCAAGGCUGCGGCACGAGCUGGGCCUCGCCGAUGAUCAGGUCGGCGUCGCCCGCCAUCCCGGCGGCAUCGGCGCGCAGCAGGAAAUAUGGACUCCGAGCCGGAUUGAUUCGUCCGCCUUGGUUAGUCACAACCCGGCGGGGGACGGUCCUUCUGCCGCGCCGCAGCAGCAGCUUGCUCCACAGCCGCAGCCGCCGUCGCCGCGGGUUGCGGUGCAGGCACAGCAGCAACGUCAACAACUUUUUGAACGCCAUCGGCAUCACCCUGCCAACGGGCCGUCACAGGUGCUCGAGCUGCAGCAGCAGCCCCAGCAACAGAUGCAGGCGCAGUGGCAGCAUCAGCGGCCGGCAUCCAUGCCGCCCGUCAGCCAUGGCGUGCCCCAACCGCAGAGUCAGGAGCAGUUCACGACGCAGCGGCCAUCACAGCACGUGCAGCAUAAGCCUCAGUAUCAAAAACAGAACUAUCAUCAGCAACAAGGACAGUUCGCGCAGCAGCCGCAACCGCAGCAGCCGCAGCAACAGCAGCAGCCGCAGCAACCGCAGCAGCCACAGCAACCGCAGCAGCCACAGCAACGGCGGGCGCAAGAGGGGAUUCCGUGUGUGAAGGCAGAGCAGUUCCAGAAUCAGCACUUGUACUCGCCGCCACCAUAUCACCGGCAGCACCAGCAGCAGCAGCAGCAGCAGCAGCAGCAGCAGCAGCACCAGCAGCAGCAGCAGCACCAGCAGCAGCAGCAGCAGCAGCAGCAGCAGCAGCAGCAGCAGCAGCACCAGCAGCAGCAGCAGCACCAGCAGCAGCAGCAGCAGCAGCAGCAGCAGCAGCAGCAGCAGCACCAGCAGCAGCAGCAGCACCAGCAGCAGCAGCAGCAGCAGCAGCAGCAGCAGCAGCAGCAGCAGCAGCAGCACCAGCAGCAGCAGCAGCACCAGCAGCAGCAGCAGCACCAGCAGCAGCAGCAGCAGCAGCAGCAGCAGCACCAGCAGCAGCAGCAGCAGCAGCAGCAGCAGCAGCAGCAGACGGAGGUGUACCGUCAUCAUCAUGAUCAAACAGGCAUCGGCGCCGCGCCGUCCGCUGCAUCCUCUCCGCCGCCCAUGCCGCCACCGUCGGGAAUCGACCUCAUUCUGCACGGCGGGUGUCCGCCCAGCACCACCCAUGCGCCUCCUGAUGCGGCGGCGGCGGCGGCGGCCCCUGCAGUCACUCCCCGGCAGCAGCAGCAGCAGUACUACUGCGAGUCCUUCCCGGUGCAUCCGCAUCCCACGGGGCUUUCCGUGACGCGCGAGGGAGAAAACGGGGUUGGCGCGGGUGGCGGUGGCUGUGGGGAAAGCAGCAUGCGGGCGCAGUACUUUGAUUCAGGCCACAGCGGAGCUCAGCAAACGCAACAGCUGCAGCUGCAACCGCAGCCGCAAUAUUUCCAACAGCACCAACAGCAGGAGCAGCCGCAGCAACAGCAACCGCAUCACCACCACCAACAACAACACCAGCAGCAGCAGCAUCAACAGCAACAGCAACCGCAUCACCACCAACAACAACAACACCAGCAGCAGCAGCAGCAGCAGCAGCAGCAGCAUCAACAGCAACAGCAACAGCAGCAGCAGCAACAGCAGCAGCAGUACCAGUACUACGUGGAGCAAGCACCACCUGCAACUAUAGCAGCACCGCCGCUACCAUGCAACAACCAUCAAGGCUUCACAGAGACUCACCCUCCCGAUCAAUUCAACUUCUCAGAGACACACCAACCAGCGGUGAACUUCUUACCUAUCACGGCCCCUCCAAACGCGCAGGCCACCUCUUAUCUCCACCAGACGACCACUCCGUUCCCCCCUGCAGCACUCCAGUUCCAGCCUGACACGGCAUUGUUCCACCCCGCAGAAGCAGACUCCCAUCCCAGUCCUUGCAAUUCUCAGCCGCAAGGAACCGUUUGUGCGCAGAUGUCCCCUCCCCCAAGCGCCUCUUUCCCCGCGCACUCUCACGCUGACUCCUACCACCAGGACCGCACGCUCUUCACCCCGCAUGACCCCCCUGUACAGCCCGCCUCCACACUACCUCCCCUGGCUUCGCCCACUCCACCUGUGGCGCAAGCGCCACCCCAAGGACCACCGCUGCAAGCACCAGCACUGCAAGCGCCAGCACGCCAGGCAGCAACGUACCGGGGGGUGCGGCAGCGCAAGUGGGGCAAGUGGGUGUCGGAGAUCCGAGAGCCGCGCAAGCGCACGCGUAUCUGGCUGGGGUCCUUCGACUCCCCUGAGGACGCCGCCCGUGCGUAUGACGUAGCUGCACGCAUGCUGCGUGGCCGCAAGGCGCAGCUCAACUUCCCCGGGGACUACCCCCCGCCUGGGAGUGCGCUCACGGAGGCAGAGGGGGAGAGGGGGGAGAGUAACGGGGGGACAGGAACAGCGGCAGGAGUGAGCGGGGUGAGGGUGCAUCUCCCGGCGUCUGCGGCAGAGGCGCUGCUGCGCGCGUCGAAAGAGGCGGUGGUAGCGCUGGGACUGGCACCAGAUGAAGUGGUGGGGCCGGGCACACUGCUGCCCUGGGGGGGGCACGGGCCCUGUGUGGGGCGGUUGGGGGGAGUAGGAGGAGUGGGGGAAGUGGGAGGCUUGGGAGGUGUGGGGAGAAGGAUGAGUGGUGAAAGGCCUUCUGUGGGAGAUGAAUGUGUGGUGGACGGGGUGGGGGGGGGUGGGGGGAAUCUGGGAGGGGGUGAGGAGGUACGAGUGGGCGUGAAGAGGAGGAGGCAUGAGCGGGACGCAAAAGCGGAAACAGAGUGGUGCUCAGGCCAGGCCCCAGGUGUUUCCUCUGGUUCCACCCUGCUGACUCCGCUCCUUCCCACGAACCCUGGUGCGCUGCCAGCACUCUCCUCGCCACCACAUUCCUCCCCACUCCCUAGCACCGCUGCGCCGCCGUCCCCCUCUCUCCCCCACUCGUGCUCCAUGCCCAAUUUGGAGUCUCCAUCGCACAGUGGCGCGGAGUAGGCACCCAAUUGUACAGCGAGCACAUGGAGUGGAGUGGCAGUGGCACACAUACUGAUGGCAUGACUGAUGUGCCGCACAGGGAACUGUGCUGGCUCUGGGUGCACCUAACACUAAUAGGGAGAUGCUGUAGGUGUCCUUAUUUAUGGAAAUUUGAUUCUAUGCCUAGUACAAAUUGGUAAUAGUGUAUAUCCAUUCUUGUCGUCGAAGCUGUGCAUGUGUUAGAAACGUGCAGCUUUCUUUUAUAC